GGAAUAUGCUGCUUAGCAGGUGAUGGGACUUCACCAGCAAAGGAUGGAGGACGAGGCCGUCCUGGAUAGAGGGGCUUCCUUCCUUAAGCAUGUGUGCGACGAAGAAGAGGUGGAAGGUCACCACACCAUUUACAUUGGGGUCCACGUGCCGAAGAGCUACAGGAGGAGGAGGCGCCACAGAAGAAGACCUGGGCACAAAGAAAAGAAAGAAAAGGAGAAAAUCUCCGAGAACUACUCGGACAAAUCAGACGUAGAGAACGCCGACGAGACGAGCAGCAGCAUCCUUAAGCCGCUCAUCUCCCCCGCCGCCGAACGCAUCCGCUUCAUCCUCGGAGAGGAAGAUGACAGCCCGGCACCCCCGCAGCUCUUCACCGAGCUGGAUGAGCUGCUGGCCGUCGAUGGACAAGAGAUGGAGUGGAAGGAGACCGCAAGGUGGAUCAAGUUCGAGGAGAAGGUAGAACAAGGUGGGGAGCGAUGGAGCAAACCUCACGUGGCCACCUUGUCCCUGCACAGCUUGUUUGAGCUGAGGACGUGUAUAGAGAAAGGCUCCAUAAUGCUGGACAUGGAGGCGUCUUCUCUCCCGCAGGUGGUGGAAAUGAUCGUGGACAAUCAGAUCGAGACGGGGCUCUUGAAAGCGGAGCUGAAGGACAAAGUCACCUACACCCUGCUCAGGAAGCACCGGCACCAGACCAAGAAGUCCAACCUGCGCUCCUUGGCCGACAUUGGAAAGACCGUCUCCAGUGCAAGUAGGAUGUUUUCCAACCCCGAUAAUGGCAGCCCAGCCAUGACUCACAGAAACCUGACUUCCACCAGCCUGAAUGACAUCUCUGACAAGCCUGAGAAAGACCAGCUGAAGAAUAAAUUCAUGAAGAAGCUGCCCCGUGACGCCGAGGCCUCCAACGUGCUGGUGGGGGAGGUAGACUUCUUGGAGAGUCCUUUCAUUGCCUUCGUGCGGCUGCAGCAGGCCGUCAUGCUGGGUGCUCUGACCGAAGUCCCUGUACCUACCAGAUUUCUCUUCAUUCUGCUGGGACCGAAGGGAAAAGCGAAGUCCUACCAUGAGAUCGGCCGAGCCAUCGCCACUCUGAUGUCAGAUGAGGUAUUCCACGACAUUGCCUAUAAAGCCAAGGACCGGCAGGACCUGAUCGCCGGCAUCGAUGAGUUUCUGGAUGAAGUCAUUGUGCUGCCCCCAGGGGAAUGGGAUCCAGCCAUCAGGAUAGAGCCCCCCAAGUCUCUUCCUUCUUCUGAUAAAAGGAAAAACAUGUACUCUGGUGGAGAGAACCUACAGAUGAAUGGAGACACCCCCCAUGAUGGAGGACAUGGUGGCGGGGGCCACGGGGACUGUGAAGAGCUGCAACGAACCGGCAGGUUCUGCGGUGGCUUGAUCAAGGACAUAAAGAGGAAAGCGCCCUUCUUCGCCAGCGACUUCUACGAUGCUUUAAACAUCCAAGCCCUUUCAGCAAUUCUCUUCAUCUACCUGGCCACGGUGACCAACGCUAUCACGUUUGGAGGACUCCUUGGGGAUGCUACGGACAACAUGCAGGGCGUGUUGGAGAGCUUUCUGGGCACGGCAGUCACCGGUGCGAUAUUUUGCCUUUUUGCUGGUCAGCCUCUCACCAUUUUGAGCAGCACAGGACCCGUCCUUGUCUUUGAGCGGCUUCUCUUUAAUUUCAGCAAAGACAACGAUUUUGACUACCUGGAGUUCCGACUCUGGAUCGGCCUUUGGUCAGCCUUCCAGUGUCUCAUUCUCGUCGCCACCGAUGCCAGCUUCCUGGUCAAGUACUUCACCCGCUUCACCGAAGAAGGUUUCUCCUCCCUUAUUAGCUUCAUCUUCAUUUACGACGCUUUCAAGAAGAUGAUCAAGCUGGCAGACCAUUACCCCAUCAACUCGGAGUUCAAGGUGGACCAUAUCACGCAUUACUCUUGUGCCUGUGAACCGUUAGAUCCAGUUAAUAGCUCGUUAUUUAACGGGACGACGGCCGAUGAGCUCUUCUACUCCUCUGCUGAGCCGUACAACACCACCAUUGACUGGUCCUCUCUGACAACAAAGGAGUGCUUGAAAUACGGGGGACAACUUGUGGGCAACAACUGCGGCUACGUCCCUGACAUCACCCUCAUGUCUUUCAUCCUCUUCUUUGGCACUUACACCUGCUCCAUGGCCCUGAAGAAAUUCAAGACCAGUCGCUAUUUUCCAACCACGGCCCGGAAGCUCAUCAGUGACUUUGCCAUUAUCUUGUCCAUUUUGAUUUUCUGUGGAAUAGAUGCCCUGGUAGGUGUGGACACACCAAAACUAAUUGUGCCAAGUGAAUUCAAGCCAACCAGUCCCGAGAGGGGUUGGUUUAUCCCACCUUUUGGAGGGAACCCGUGGUGGGUGUACCUGGCAGCGGCCAUCCCUGCACUGCUGGUGACUAUCCUCAUCUUCAUGGACCAGCAAAUCACAGCCGUCAUCGUCAACAGGAAGGAGCACAAGCUCAAGAAAGGUGCUGGAUAUCACCUGGAUUUGUUCUGGGUGGCCAUUCUGAUGAUCGUGUGCUCCUUUAUGGGUCUGCCCUGGUACGUUGCUGCUACCGUCAUCUCCAUCGCUCACAUUGACAGCUUGAAGAUGGAGACGGAAACUUCAGCCCCUGGAGAACAGCCCAAGUUUUUGGGAGUGAGGGAGCAGAGAGUCACCGGGGUCAUCGUUUUCAUCCUGACUGGGGUGUCUGUCUUCAUGGCGCCCAUCCUGAAGUUCAUUCCCAUGCCUGUGCUCUACGGCGUCUUCCUCUACAUGGGCGUCGCAUCCCUCAACGGCGUGCAGUUCAUGGAUCGUCUGAAGCUGCUCUUGAUGCCUCUAAAACACCAGCCCGACUUCAUCUACUUGCGCCACGUCCCGCUGCGCAGGGUCCAUCUCUUCACCUUCCUGCAGGUGGUGUGCCUGGCCCUCCUCUGGAUCCUCAAGUCGACUGUGGCUGCUAUCAUCUUCCCUGUCAUGAUCCUGGCCCUGGUAGCAGUCAGAAAAGCCAUGGACUACCUCUUCUCCCAGCACGACUUAAGCUUUCUUGAUGACGUCAUUCCAGAAAAGGACAAGAAAAAGAAAGAGGAUGAGAAGAAGAAGAAAAAGAAGAAGGGCAGUAUGGACAGUGACAAUGACGAUUCUGACUGCCCCUACUCAGAAAAAGUCCCAAGUAUUAAAAUCCCAAUGGACAUCAUGGAGCAGGAACCUUUCCUAAGUGAUAGCAAACCUGCCGACAGAGAAAAAUCACCAACAUUCCUUGAACGCCAUACGUCGUGCUGAUACAAUUCCUUUC